AGCAGUGAAACACUUCUUCAUGAUAGCUUGCAGAAGAGUACUGUCAACAUGUCCCACCCGGAUAGUCUCUGCCAUACAGCCCACUGGGGAGCCCCACUUGGGCAACUAUUUGGGGGCUCUCAAACACUGGAUAGCUCUUCAAGAUCAACAUCAGAACUGUAUUUUUGGGGUAGCUGACAAUCACGUUUUUACCAGUAAAACAACAGCAAAACAAGUUAGGUCUAACACCCACAGUCAAGUUGCAGUGCUGUUGUCGUUAGGACUUGAUCCAGACAGAGUUAUCUUAUAUAAACACAGUGCUGUGUUGCAGCACACUGCUCUCGCUUGGCUACUCUCUACUUCUGCUACUUCAGGACUAAUAUCCAGACUGCGAGCCUUGCCCCAGUACAGAGAAAAGUCCCAAAUACACGACAACCUAGGACUACUAACAUACCCCGUCCUGAUGAGUGCUGACAUUCUCCUCUUCCACGGGACCCACAUUCCAGUGGGAGAGGACCAGAACAUCCACAUAGAGUUCUGUAACUCAAUCGCGCAGUACUUUAACCGCGCGUACAAGUCUCACGUGUUUGGGACGGUUUCACAGCUGUUGACCACGUCGCCGCGCGUUAAGAGUCUCGCAGAUCCUAGCCAGAAGAUGAGCAAGUCGUAUGGGAGGCCCAGCGGGGUGGUGGGCAUGUUGGAUACUGAUGAUCAGAUUAGGAAGAAGGUGAAGAAAGCAGUGACGGAUUCGUUUGGGGCGAUUACUGUUGAUUUGGAGACGAGGCCUGGGGUUUAUAAUCUUUUGCAGCUUUUAUCAGCUGUUAGUGAUGCAGAUUUCCAUGACGUAUGUAAGAAGUAUGAAUCAAAGAACGUGGUGACUUUAAAGAAUGAUUUAUCAGAUUGUUUGGUUGAAACAAUAGGACCAGUGAGAAAUAGGGCGCUAGAACUGAUAAAAGAUAAGGAAUUUAUUGAGAAGGUUCUAGCAGGUGGAGCAGAGAAAGCAAGUGAUAUUGCUGAGAGGAAUUUAGAUGAGAUUUAUCGGACUAUUGGGCUAAAAUAGGCUUUGAUAUUUUGCUUUGUAAAUUAAGUGACUUCGAUUUAUUUAUUUUUGUACAGUGAAGUACGUUGUUAUUUGAAAAUAUCUAAGUGACCCUUUCA